CUGAUAUCAACCAGAGACCGGAGUACUCUCUUCUCAUACCAGUACCCGUCACACACAUCUCCACGAUGAGCGGAAAAUUGGCCAGCAGCUACGCGUCCUGGGCCGAGCUCCAGAAGAUCUACGACCACCAACACUCGAAGCUCGUCCUGAAGGACCUCUUCGCCCAGGAUCCUGAGCGAUUCAAGAAGUUCUCCAAAGAAUACACUUCCUCAACCAACCCUGAAACCACCAUCCUCCUCGACUACUCCAAGAACCUCAUCACCGAGCCCAUUCUCGCCAAACUCCUCGAUCUCGCUCGUGAGGCCGGUGUCGAAGAAUGGCGCGACAAGAUGUUUGCUGGCGAGCACAUCAACAACUCUGAAGGCCGCGCAGUGCUCCACGUCGCUCUCCGCGCUUUCGGCGAGAUCAACACCACCGAAGAGGGUGUCAGCCAAGUUGGGUCCGUCCUCGCCCACAUCAAAGAAUUCACCGAGGCUGUCAGGAGUGGUCAGUGGAAGGGGUACACCGGCAAGUCGAUCGACACUAUCGUCAACAUUGGAAUCGGUGGCUCGGAUUUGGGACCUGUCAUGGUCACCGAGGCCCUCAAGCCCUACUCCAAACGCGACCUGAAGGCCAAGUUCGUUUCCAACGUCGACGGAACCCACAUCGCUGAAGUCCUGAGGGAAUGCAACCCAGAGACUACGCUUUUCAUCAUCGCCUCCAAGACCUUCACCACCCAAGAGACCAUCACGAACGCUGAGACGGCUCGCUCCUGGUUCCUCGACACCGCCAAGGACAAGGCUCACGUCGCCAAACACUUCGUCGCCCUGUCGACCAACACCAAGGCUGUUACUGCUUUCGGUAUCUCCGAGCAGAACAUGUUCCAGUUCUGGGAUUGGGUCGGUGGACGAUACAGCUUGUGGAGUGCCAUCGGGUUGUCUAUUGCCCUCGUUAUCGGUUACGAGAACUUCGAAGCUCUGCUCAAGGGUGCCCAUGGGAUGGACAUGCACUUCAGGGAAGCACCUCUCGAGAGAAACCUCCCCGUCCUGCUUGCCGUCAUUGGAAUCUGGUACAACGAUUUCUAUGGCUCUCAGACCCACGCGCUCCUUCCUUAUGAUCAAUACCUCAACAAGUUCGCCGACUACUUCCAACAAGGUGACAUGGAAUCAAACGGUAAAUCCGUCACCAAGAACGGUGAACGGGUGAAUUACCAAACUGGGCCUAUCAUCUGGGGAGCCUCAGGAACGAACGGCCAGCACUCCUUCUACCAACUCGUCCACCAGGGCACCAAGCUCAUCCCUGCUGACUUUAUCGCCCCCGCUACGACUCACAACCCCAUCAAUCACUCAAAGCACCACAGAAUCCUCCUGUCCAACUUCUUCGCCCAACCUGAAGCUCUGGCAUUCGGGAAGACAGAGGAGGAGGUGCGUGCUGAACUCGGAAGUGGUGCGGCGGAGGAGGUCGUGAAGAGUAAGGUGUUUGAGGGGAACAGGCCUACGAAUAGCAUCAUGUUCCCGCUGCUUACCCCCGAGGUCCUUGGCGCUCUUAUCGCUCUCUACGAACAUAAGAUUUUCACGCAAGGUGUAAUCUGGGGUAUCAACUCCUUCGAUCAAAUGGGAGUCGAACUCGGCAAGGUUUUGGCGAAGAAAAUCCUUGCCCAGCUCGAGAAGCCUGAGGAUGUUCAGGGUCACGACUCUUCGACCACUGGCUUGAUCCAUUACUACCAGAAGUGGCGCAAGGAGUAGGUAUUCAACGGACGGGAAGAUCGUCGAACAAGAACAAAUGUACAUUAUAGUC